CGCUACCUUUCAUCAUUCCGGCGAAACCUAUGGGUGCAUGCCCUCUCACUACCAUUCUGUCAUCAAUUCACUACGCCACCGUCUACAGACACGCCUUCGCUCGUGCGCCACCCCUCCCAGCCAUGAUAGACCACAGAUAACGCACUCGCGAAGAAGAUGGAUACAGAAACCGCGAAUGCCCAGGAUCAGGACGCGCGGGUGGACGCACUCUGGGCUACACUCGAUGAGCGUAAGCAGGGCAAGCUGGACAUAGCUGCCCUCAAGAAAGGGCUGCGGAAGCUGGAUCAUCCCCUGAAAAAUGCGGAUCAUCUUCUCGACGAGGUGAUGAAGACUGUCGAUACCGACGGAGACGGGUGCAUUCAGUACAACGAAUUUCGCACCUUCGUGCACCAGACAGAAAAGGAGCUCCUCGCACUGUUCAGGAGCAUUGACUUCAACCAUGACGGCAAGCUUUCGAAAGACGAGCUUCAAGCCGCCUUCAAACGAGCUGGCCUCGCUGUGCCUAGUUCUAAACUUGAUAACUUCUUCCUCGAAGUUGAUGCCAACCAUGACGGGGUCAUUAGCUUUGAGGAGUGGCGCGACUUUUUGCUGUUCAUCCCAGCCACCGUGCCGAACCUGAAGGCGGUGCUGUCGUACUUCUCGGCGACAAUGAAAGUGAAUCUGGAGGGAGAUGUACAGAUUAGCGACGAUUCGAUCCAAGGUUUAGGUACUCCACAACAAUUUCUUCGUACUCUCUUUGGUUCUUUACUUCUUGUCGCUAGAACGCCACCGCAGUCUUCCUUUCCACCCGAUCAAUCCAGCAGCUGCGAAAUGUCUGAAUUCGCUGCCUCCCCCGCGCAAUCCCUCCCGCCACGCCCUGACCUUCAUGACAUUCACCUUCCCAUCACGGAAGCGCAGAAAGGCCUCUGGCAGAGUUUCAAAUCCAUGCUGAUUGCUUGCGUUCCCAAUCCAGGCUAUUUCGUGGCGGGAGGUCUUGCAGGAAUUGUAUCUCGCACUUCUACCGCCCCCCUCGACCGACUUAAAGUCUACCUUAUCGCGCAAACGAGCGUCGCCCAAGAAGCUGUUUCGGCAGCAAAGUCUGGAACUGUCUUCCAAGCUGCCGUGAACGCCUGGAAGCCGAUGGCUGUCGCCACGAGGGAGCUAUGGCAGGCAGGCGGUAUGCGCAGUCUUUACGCAGGUAAUGGCUUAAAUGUGGUCAAAGUUAUGCCAGAGUCAGCGAUAAAGUUUGGCUCCUAUGAGGCUGCGAAGCGGGUUUUUGCGAAGCUUGAAGGCCACAACGAUCCGAACACGAUCCACUCAUGGUCCAAAUUUGUCGCUGGCGGCGUUGGGGGCAUGAUCUCGCAGUUCGCAGUCUAUCCGAUUGACACACUCAAAUUCCGCAUGCAAUGCGAAACCGUCUCUGGAGGUUUGCACGGCAACAAGCUCAUCAUCGCUACCGCGAAGAAGAUGUGGCGUAGCGGAGGCAUCGUCGCAUACUACCGUGGCCUUCCAAUGGGCCUCUUCGGCAUCUUUCCGUACGCAGCUCUUGAUCUCGGCACGUUUGAGUACCUCAAGCGUGCAAUUGCAACUCGCAAUGCUAAGAAGCGCGGCUGCCAUGAAGAGGAUGCUGAGCCUGGAGGCUUCAUGACCGCAGCAAUCGGCGGUUUUUCAGGCGCCUUUGGAGCAAGCGCUGUCUAUCCCCUCAAUCUCCUCCGAACUCGACUGCAGAGCCAGGGCACCGUUCUACAUCCACGAACUUACACUGGCAUCGUGGAUGUCACCCGCCAGACAAUACAGGGCGAAGGAGUCAGGGGGCUCUUCAAAGGUCUUACUCCAAAUCUUCUGAAGGUCGUUCCUGCGGUUUCCAUCACCUACGUCGUCUAUGAUAAGUCGAAGAAGAUGAUAGGUAUCCGCUGAAGCAUUCGGCCCCAUUCUCCAUUUCUAUAAAGCAUGAAACUUUAGGUUCACUUGCAACUUUCUCGCCGUUCCAGCCCUAUAACCUGAGAAGCCUACAUCCAACCCGCCUCCAUUCACCUUAAAUGUCACGCGGCACUUUCAGCCUAAGCUGUGACGAGUGUAUCACCACUCCGGUUUCCAAUUGCACAUAGAGAUACCCCGUUCCAUAAAUUCACCUCUGAACAGGAGGCACGACGUUCCGACGACUAGAAUUCUACCUCUCCGGCUGUGGCCUGUCUCCUACACUUUGCAUCCCUGGGCUUUGGAGCGAGGCGUUUGGAUCAAAUCUUCCUAGGAUAGAUCAUGACAGAUGUUGCAUAUGUCCCCUGACCGACAUAUCGGAUUGUCUAAGGAGGACGAUUAUUGGAGGCUGGGCUGGAUAGUAGCAUGUGUUGUAUCGUAGACCAAUCAAUGAAUACAAGCUUCUAAUGCUAAAGUGCACGCAUACGUUUC